AUGGGACCUGGAUAUCAAACUCAAGUUAAGGACCAAGAACAAUUGCUGCAACCGGGUAUCUCAUCCGAGGCGCGUCUUAAACAGAAAGACACAGACAGUGGACAUGAGAGCGGAGACCAAAAUCAGCAAUCCCAUGUCAGUUAUAUCUUGAUUGAGGAAACAGAGGAAGAGAGAGAUAAAAGGACAGAGUCCGAAGGGAAUAUCGAGGAUGUGGCAAGAGAAGAUAUUGACCUGGAUGAUCAGGAAAUGGAAAUCGGCUACGAGAGUGAGGAUCAAGAUCAAAAUUCCGUCAAGUUGAGUUCAGAAGCUAGGGAAGAUAAGAAUCGACAGACAGAUUUGGUAAGUGACCAGAUCGACAUUGCGGUUGAGGAUGAGAUUGAAAUUGAGCUUGCGGACUAUGAAAUGGAAAUCGGGUACGAAAGUGACGAGCAAUAUCAAGACUCUGAUAUCUCGGGGAAAGGUGUCAGUGAAGAAAGAACUCAGACAGGGGAGGCAGUAGAAGAUGGGAUUGAAUUUGAAGCUGAACCCGAGGAAGGUUUUGAGCUGAACGACCAGGAGAUGGAGAUCAAUUACGAGACCGACGAUCAAGAGCAGCACUCUCAAAAGACAAACGAGUCAAAAGACCACGAAGAACAAGAUUCGCAAACAGAAAUCGCUGAAGACGCGAGAAGUCCAGUCAACGCCACAUCGCAACAAUUCUGGUCCCAACUUGUCGACAGUGCGAGAACAACUUCUUUGUCCUCCAAAACCUCUAAACAGCGCCAAGAAAGAACUACCAAACAAUUCGGGAGCGCAUCACACCACGGGGAGGGUAUCGGAAGGUACGCUAAACGUGUUGAAGAGCGCCUCGAGGUAAGCGGAGAAAGACUCGAGCUUCAUACCGAAGCUCAAGAAGAUAAUCUAGAGACGUUAUCGAGUCAGGCAUACUCGCCGUUCACGAGAUCUCCUGCACCAGAACUUCCAAGUCCCGUGCAUGGCUUUGGACCUCAAAUCCUGCCUGUUAAGGGCUCAGGAUCUCUUGUCAAGCCUAGCAGGCCAAUCUUUGAACCCGACGUGUUUCGAGGUUUCGGUUCAUUGAACCAAGUUGUUAACCAGGCGAGUGAACAAGCCAAGAAACUUUUUCAGCUAAACCGAGCUCAAACCUUCCAGCCUGAGAUCAUGAAAGAGCAAUUUGUGCGCAUGAAUGAAGUCCUCGGUCCAAUAAGCGAGUUCGCUGCGAGUGUGCAGGCAGCUCAAAAGCAACUUGGCAGCGGCUCCCGUUUCACCGCGCCUAUCGAGAGGGAGAUAGAUCAUAUGCUGGAAGAUAGAACGUGGAGUGAGAUGAAGCGCUUGAGGCAGGUAGCUUUGGGGAGGUUGGCAGAUAUGGAUAAGGCGGAAGGGAAACCGGCGAGGAAAGGUGGGAGUUGGAGAGAGGAGUGGAAGGAAGCUUUGAGGACGAGGGAUGGUGAAGGUGAGGCUGGGGGAUUGGUGUAUGUGCUGACGCGGAUUUGGGUGGAUGGGGAUGGGAAAAGGAGUGAGGAUGGGGUUGAGAUUGAGGUCCCGAUGUCGAGUGUUAUAAGGGAGGUGACAGAGGGAGGGCAACCUAGGGUUACUGAUCCAGUACAACUCGUUGAGUCGGACGCUGAGGCACAAACACAUGGUAACCCAGGGAGUGCCAGAUAUUCAUCUGAUGAGAAGAUGAUUGAACUCUUUGGCGACGAACAAGAAAUGGAGUGGGAUGACAGUGGGGUUUGGGAUGACUCUUCCGAUGUUAUUGAUGAGUCCCUGGAUCCCGAGAUACAAGAGAUAGGAUACCUGAAUACUGCGGUGCCAGGUGAAUAUAGAGGGAUGAGUGACGAGGAUGAAGAACAGCAAGAUGAGGAAGAGCAGGAUUACGGAGAAGAAGAUGAAGAUUUCUUGGAUUCGGAGUAG